UUUUCAUUACAAUUUCUGAAAGAUAACUGGUUUCAAGAAAAAGGUAUUCCCAAAAUUGAUUUUCUAUUUACGACUGUGCAACACAUUAAAACUGAUUCAGAUAAUUUUGAGAAUAGUUGGUGAGUAAUUGAUACGAAUUAGAAAUGGAUAAACUAUUCUUGUCGGGAACAUUCAAAAAUUUCAUCAAACCUAGACUAUUUGUCAACGAUUGUACUGUUUUUCGUCUUCACUACGGAGUAACAGCUCUGGUCUUGUGCGCCUGUAGCAUUCUAGUAUCAGCCACUCAGUUCUACGGCGAUCCCAUAACGUGCAUUCAGAGUGAUGAUGUGCCCGAGAAAGUGCUGAAUACCUAUUGCUGGGUGGAAGGAACUUUUACUUUGCCCAGAGCUUUAGGACUUGAAGUUGGCAGAGAAGUCGUAUACCCUGGUGUCGACAAGAGAAGGGAAGGCGACCAAGUUGUAUACCACGCGUAUUACCAAUGGGUGUGCUUCGUUCUACUCUUCCAAAGUAUGCUUUUCUACUUGCCAAGAUUGACUUGGAGAUGCUGGGAAGCAGGCAGGUUGAAGAAUUUGCUUCAGGAGCUCAACUGUCCCAUCAUGGCUCAUUGUGAGAAGAAGAAACGGUGUGAUCAUCUGGUGAAAUACUUCCGGAACAACAUGCGCCACCAUUCCUCUUAUUGCUACAAGUACCUUCUUUGUGAGGUGAUGAAUUUGGCGAACGUCAUUGCCCAGAUAUACUUUGUGGAUUACUUUCUGGGUGGUGAGUUCACCACGUACGGAUUGAGAGUGCUUCAUUUUGCCACCAAUGCUCAAGAGCAGAGAAUAGAUCCCAUGGUCCGGGUCUUUCCCAGGUUGACCAAGUGCACGUUCCAUCGAUAUGGACCUUCCGGUGACGUUAUGAAGUACGAUUCUUUGUGUCUUUUGCCACUCAACAUCGUGAAUGAAAAGAUAUACAUCGUAUUGUGGUUCUGGUUCAUUAUAUUAGCUGUGAUUACCGCAAUAUCUUUGCUCUACAAAAUAGUUCUUCUUAGUUCGAAGACUGUCCGUUACAUGACACUGCAUUCUAUGUCUAGGCUGUCGCCAAAAGAUCAACUGAGAACCAUCAUCCGGAAAACGACAUACGGCGACUGGUUCAUACUGUUCUUACUAUCAAAAAACAUGGAAGUGUUGAACUUCAAAGAUUUUUUGCAAGAUUUAUUUAAAGAAUUCAAAAGUCCACUUAUUAACAAUGAUAACAACGAAACAUCGUCCAUUUAAAUUAAAGGUAUCACGAACUGACAUCUUGUUGUGCUGUUUGUUACGU